AUGCGCCGGCGCUCGUCCCGGUUACGCACGUCUCCACCGCCACCCACUACUGCGAGUGGCGCGAGCCAGUACAUCCUCCCUGGCUCUGCCACCUACACCGGUGACGGCACGGCCUACUCCGCUGCCAUCGCCUCCGACGGUGGCAUCGCCUUUGCCUGCUCCUACCGCUACCUCAACUCCUACUUCACCCAGUACUUUGCCGCCAUGAACUCUGCCCAGUGGAACUCGGGCGCCGCCUGCGGUCAGUGCGUGGUGGCCCGCUGCGUCGACCCUGCCUGCGUCACCCAGAACUUUGACGUCCUGGUCCAGAUCGUGGACGAGUGUCCCGAGUGCGCGGAGGGCGCGCUGGACUUCUCCUACCCAGCCUACCAGGCCGUCACUGGCGUGCCCCCCAACCGGCUCACGGUGUCCUGGGAGUACGCGGACUGCUCUUCCUUCAUCUCCGGCGGCAUCCAGUACAACCCCAAGGAGGGCUCCAACGGCUUCUGGCAGGCCUUCUACCUGGACAACUACAGCUACACCCUCGCCUCCGUGUCCUGGGGGGGCGUAACCCUGACCAGGUCCCAAUUCCAGUUCUUCCAGAGGUCGGGGCCCAUGCCCACAGGGCCCUUCCAGCUCACCAUCACGUCCACCACUGGGCAGACGAUCACUGCCACCGUGAACGACUUCAACACCCCCCAGGACCUGGGCGUUAAUUUUUCAUAG